CUGCAAAGAGCUUCAAGAAUAUUGCCUGGAAUCUAUCUGUGAUGAUCCUGAACCUUUCUUCGCCUCAAAGGACUUCCUAUCACUUGAUAAAGAAAUUCUUUUAAUGUUGAUUACACGUGAUGAUCUAGGAAUGGAGGAAGUAGAUAUCUGGGAACAUCUGAUUAGAUGGGGAUGCUAUCAAAUAUCAGGAAUCAGGCAAACAAAUCCUUUGAACGCAAAAAAUUUUUCAGAAAUCAAUUUUCAAGAUCUAAAAAAGACAUUGGAUCCUUUUAUCCCUCACGUUAGAUUCCACAAUAUUUCUUUAAACGAUUUCUUUAGCAAGGUUCAUCCAUACAAAAAAGUUUUACCAAAUUCACUUGUAGAUGAUAUGAUGUCCUUUUUGAUAGCAGGAACAAAACUGAAACAAAAAAAAUUGCCUGUACGCGUGUCAUCUUCCAUAGUUGAAUCAAAAAUAAUUACGAGAAGACAUGCGACCAUUCUUUCUAACUGGAUUAGAAGAAAAGGCGCUAAGGCCAAAGGAAAUCAACAUCAAUUCACUCUUCUUUAUCGCGGGACACGUGAUGGAUUUGAUGCAAACGCAUUUCACAAAAAGGUUAAUGGCCAAGGACAAGCAAUUGUAAUUAUUAAAGUAAAAGAUUCAGGGGAAAUAAUAGGUGGUUUUAAUGCAAGUGGAUGGUGUAGUAAAAAAAUUAGAAAAUUUGGAAGGCGACCGUAUAUAUCAGAAUAUUACGAUCGUGGUUGGAUAAAAAACUCUGAUCACUUUAUAUUUUCCUUUGGGAGCAGAGAUGAUUAUAAAACCAUGAAAAUUGGUCGGCUUAUCGAUAAAAGGUAUGGAGUAUAUGACUAUGGUGGAAGUAUGAUAGAAUUCGGAGGCAGUGAUUUACUUCUCGAUGGAACAAUCGGAACUUGCAAUAGAAAUUACUACGACCAAUGCAUUUUGGACACUGAUACUUUUAUUGCUGAGGAACUAGAAGUAUUUCAAGUUAAUAAGGAACAUGUCAAGUCAAUAAAAAAAAGAAUACUCAACAAUGGAUUUUUUUUAGAAAAAAAUGAACGAUGUUAA